AAAAAUGAUGUGAUCUUCAGGAAAGUUCGUGGGUAAGGAUUGUUGUGUUUUACAAUAUUUUUUUAUUUUUUUAACCCUAUAGAUUUCUCAAAGUAUUGUCAAUGAAUUUAACAUUAAAGCUAAAGGCUUGAUAAAUACACUAUUCAUUAGUAAAUGUAUGUGUAUAUUGCUGUAUUCUAUUUUUUUGUAUUUUACAUAUAUCAGUAAUAAUUGGAAAUUUCUUCUUGUAGUAUCUUGAAUAAAUUGACCCCUGACCGGUUUGAUAAGUUGAGUCUGGAACUUCUCAAUGUAGGCAUAGAAACCCAAACGAUCCUUCGAGGAAUUAUCCUUCUAAUAUUUGACAAGGCUCUAGAGGAGCCAAAGUACAGCCCCCUCUACUCCCAACUAUGCCUGAGACUAUGUGAAGACGCGCCAAAUUUUGAACCCCCCAACUCUAGCACGUCGACAUUUCGUCGAUUGUUGCUCACUAAGUGUCAAGAUGAGUUUGAAAACAGAUCCAGAGCCUUUGAGGCUUUUAAUGACAAACACGUGUCUCUGUUGUCAGAGGAUGAGCAAGAGCAGCUCCAUAUUGCCAAGAGUAAGAUGCUUGGUAAUAUCAAGUUCAUUGGUGAGCUUGGUAAACUUGAGAUGGUCCAUGAAGGAGUUCUACACAAAUGCAUUAAGCAGCUUUUGGAGAAGAAGAAGAAUGUACCAGUCAAGGAUAUGGAGGAGAACCUGGAAUGCUUGUCUCAGAUCCUGAGAACAAUCGGUAGACGCCUAGACACUAAAAAAGCUAAGGCAUGGAUGGACCAAUAUUUUCAACGCAUUGCAAGCUUUGCGAGCAACGGUGAGCUGUCUUCUAGAAUCCGCUUCAUGCUGCAAGAUAUACAAGACCUACGCGAAAACAAGUGGUCACCACGUAAAGUGAUGGCUGACAAAGGGCCUAGGACGAUCCAGCAAGUUCAUUUGGAGGCAGCAGAAGAUUAUGGUGUAUACUAUCCCCCUACCGGACAGACUGGACCCAUGCCUGGACAAGACAUGGGGCCAGUCUUUCAAAUGACAAGGGGACGUGGAGGUUUGACUGAUGUCUUUGGAGGGAUGCCUACUGUCAUGGGAAGCAAUAUUGGAAUGGGACCAGGUGUUAUCCAUGACCCAUUCAUGCCUACUGGGCCUACAUAUUCAAACAACAUGGGACGGCCUCCUAGGAUGAAUGGACCAAUUCCAGGCUAUAUAAACAAACGUGAGAAUGGUGUACCCCAGAACAG